CGGUGCACAUUCGCUGGUUGUCUGUCCGUCUGCCCUGUGCGUGGUCCCCAGAUAUAAAGAGCUAGGAGUUAUCAGUACUGACAUUUAAUUUGCUGAUAUGAAAAUAAUCACUGUGUUAUCUGGUUUUAUAACUGACGUAGCUGUAUUGUUCGUCGCACGCGUUUGUGUCGUAAAAUUUGGAAAUUUCGUGUGAUUUAUUUGUUUCGGUGAUAAUAUUUUGAAUAUGGUGUGCCUCGAGCGCUGGAUCAGAUGCCUUUUUCUUCUGGUGAUGUUUUCAGCAGUACAUCACUGUGUUUUUCUUCAACCACCAAAUGAAGUGAUAAGCGAAGCACCAGAUUAUAAAAAUGUAUCCAGUUUACUGCCUCAAAAACAAAUAUGUGAUAAUAUAUCGAUCCUACAACAUGCGGACCCCAACAAUAAAACCAUUGGAAGAGUUCCUUUAUGUGCUGAAAAUGCUACGUCGCCUUCUGUACAACAGAACUCAACAAACUCAUCAAGCGACUCCAAAAUUAGUGUACCUUCAGAGUUCCCAAAAGAAGGAUUAAACAUCAAGACCACUAAUACAAUUCAGGAUACUCUACACUUAAGCAAUAAUAGUCAAAAUGAAACAGACCCUCAUGACGAAAAAAUUAGUACAAAAAUAGAAACAUCAACCAACCAACCAACUUUAAAUAUAACUUAUCCAGUAAAUAAUACAGCUGUUAAUUCGAGUAAAAUAGACACGGAGGUGUCGGAUCUAUUGAACACAACAGUCAAUUGUUUGACUCCAAAUCAGAUCCCUGAUUCAGCCCCCAAUAUCACGUACAACAAGUCGGAACAAAUAGACCGAGAUGUAGAACUGAUAGAGAAUGGUGAAAACACAGAAGAUGUAUUGAGGAGGAACUCCACCUUGAAAGAGAAAGUUUCCAACCCCGGAGUUCCCUUGGUUCAGGGCCAACUGGCUGCUAUCCUGGCAGGCGUAUUCGUGGUCAUAUCCGUCAUCGCUUAUGUCGGUUUGUUGUCGUGGAGGCGAUAUUUAGAAAAUAGAUAUGGUGAUAGACAGAUGUUAGUCAAUGAAGACAAUUUUAAUGACGACUUGAAACAUUUUUCGAUAUAAAGUGCCAUAAGAAAUACCAAAGAAUUAAUAGUUUAUAAGGUAAUAUUUAGGAUAUCAGAUUUUUUAUAUUCUAUAGGUAGGAAUUAGUCACUGUAUUUUUAAUUUUAGUGUAUUGCAAUCAUAGUUCCUAAUUUUCAGUAAAUAAGCCGUAUUAUUCAUUAAAUAAUGGGCCCCAAAGGUUAUGCCCGUUCACACAGUACAGAUACGGUUAUUUUAUCGAAUCAAUAAAAAUGUCGAACGGCGCAGUGGUGUAUAGUUUUAAUUCUGCAUAUUCAUCAGAUGACAGAUCUUCAAUUGAAUUCAAUUUAACUACAGUUUUGAUAAUUUAUUCGAAACUGUAGUUAAAAUUUAAUUGAAGGAUUUAUCAUCCGAACAUAAUAUAAUAAUAUAUGAC